UCCCCAACUUGUUGCUCUUGCCCAACCAACCCUCCGUCGCCUCAUACCAUGGACCGGUUCCUCGCACCUCAUUCACCUGAAGCCCUCGCUCACCACCACCUCACUGAGAAUUGGUUCAACUGGGAUACCGAGCAUCCCUCCUUGGACGAAACUCUCAUUGCAGGGUGCGCCUCUUACCAGGCAUUCAAUCGCUAUCUCACCGGCAGUGACCUCUACUUGCUGCCGCGGUCAAGAAAGGAGCUUGAGAAAGUUCUACGGAGAUACGCUUAUGACGCCAUUCAUAACACUAUUGCUAAGGCCCGGUCAUCUCUGGAGCCUGGCGGGUACAGCCGAAUUUGUCACCUCGUAGAGACUUCUAUCAGCAAAGUGUUGGAUGAGAAUGAUAAUGCCUCAUAUCUCCUUGACCUUCACCGUCCCCAGCUCGAUUCCGUGGCAAAUGUAAUGCCGUCGUCGCCGACUAGACACAUCACGAUCAAGUAGGAGAGGACACUCGAGGCCUUUUCCUCUCGCUGCUAACUUAUCUCGUGAUUCGCUAUGAUAAUUGUAUAGGAUUUCGGC